AUGGGUGUUCACGGCCUCUGGGAACUGCUUGCUCCGGUCGGCCGCCGUGUCUCUGUUGAAACCCUCGCCGGAAAGAAAGUCGCCAUCGAUGCUAGUAUAUGGAUGAUACAGUUUAUGAAGGCAAUGCGAGACGAGAAGGGAGAGAUGGUCCGAAACGCUCAUUUGUUGGGAUUUUUUAGGCGCAUUUGCAAGCUUCUCUUCCUCCGAACCAAGCCUGUCUUCGUUUUCGACGGAGGCACACCGGCUCUCAAGCGCCGGACGAUCAUUGCACGCCGCCGCCAGCGCGAGAAUGCCCAGGCUAAAAUCCGAAAGACCGCUGAGAAAUUGCUUCUCAAUCAUAUCAAGGCAAUGAGGGUGAAAGAACUGGCUUUGGAUCUUGAGAAGCAGAGACAGAACAAUGAUAUCAAAGGAAAAAAGCCUAUCCUGGACGAGACAGAGAUGGAGCCAAACACAAAAGAAGGACAUGAUGUGGUUCCCGAAAGUUACAAACAAGAAGAACUGGAUGAGAUGUUAGCAGCCUCCCUUGCGGCAGAGGAAGAUGGUUUUACUGCUGAUGUUUCAACAUCUGGCACAGGGAUUCCAGAUGAAGAGGAUGAUGAGAAUGAAGACGAAGAAAUGAUACUGCCAGAGAUGCAAGGGAAAAUUGAUCCUGCUGUCUUGGCUGCUUUGCCUCCAUCCAUGCAACUCGAUCUUCUUGUUCAGAUGAGAGAGAGACUGAUGGCUGAGAACAGGCAGAAGUAUCAAAAGGUCAAAAAGGCCCCCGAAAGGUUUUCAGAGCUACAGAUACAGGCCUAUCUUAAAACAGUCGCUUUCCGCCGUGAGAUAGAUGAGGUCCAGAAAUCUGCUGCUGGGAGGGGAGUAGGUGGUGUGCAGACUUCACGGAUUGCAUCUGAAGCCAAUAGAGAGUUUAUCUUCUCAUCAUCAUUUACAGGGAACAAAGAAGCCCUUACAUCUACUGGACUAGAGGGAAUUAGAACAGAGCAAAGCCAACCACCACUGCUAGUAAAUUCUUCUGCAAAUGCCGUCAGUGAGAUUACUGCAACCAAAACAUCUACUGCUACUACUGGAUCAACUGUGGAUGAAACUGCAGAGGCAUUUCAUGAUGAUGUAGAAACAUAUUUGGAUGAGAGAGGUCGACUUCGAGUCAGUAGAGUGAGAGCACUGGGAAUUCGCAUGACUCGAGAUUUGCAAAGGAAUUUGGAUUUGAUGAAGGAGAUAGAGCAGGAGAAAGUAGAUGCAAAUCAAGAGCACACUGAAACUGCCAUAGGUAGAAAUUUGGUUGAUGUCCUAGGUGACUCGUCUAACAGAACCCAACUUCAAAAAGGUGCUGAUAAGAACAGUGAUGCAAUGAAUGAUGAAACUGGUGAACCUGCAGUGAAAAGUGGAGCUUCUAUUGAGAUUUCUUUUGAGGAUAUUGGGGAACAUGGAUGUGGUGAUGACGAUGGUGAUUUAUUUACUCGUCUGGUGGGUGGAGACCCGGUAAUGGGUUUCUCCAUAGACAAUUCUUUCUCAGUUGAACAAUCUUUGUAUUCUACCUCAGAUUGUCGGAUAGAUGUAGGAGUAAACGAAGGUAGAGGUAAUGUUCUUAGCAAUGACAUUAAAGUGGUAAAUGAGCCAUCACAGAUGGAAGAUGGUAUGGGCGAUGAGGACGAAGUGGAGUGGGAGGAAGGACCUGUAGAUAUUCUAGAGAAGGCUUCAUCAUGUCUAGAUAAAAGUCAGAAAACUUUCACCAAAGGUUCUUUGGAAGAAGAAGCUGAAUUUCAGGAAGCAAUCAGGCGAAGUCUUGAUGAUAUGGUGGAUUCCAGAAUUAUUAAUGAACCUUGUGAAGAUCAGGAAUAUAGAAGAGCCAGACAAAUGGUAGGCGAGGACAUUGAUUGUGAACCUGUUCAUGAAGAUAAGGACAAGCCAGAGGUGGAAGCUCCCUCAGAUGGUAUCCUACAGCCUCCUGGAUCACCAGUUAUAAUGAAUACCUCCAAUUCCUCAAAGGCCAAGUCCAUUAUGUACAUGGAAGUCGACCCUGGUGAAAGCAACCUAGAGACAAACUUUUUUACUCAAGGUACAGGUGGAAGUGAAGCUUUGCCUGGAGAAAUACCGGUGGAAUCAGACGCUUCACUUGAAGAGAAGAUGUGCAAGAAUGAAAAACAGUUAACUACUUGUAACAAAGGUGCUGAGAAACAAAUGGUGAAUGAGCUAGUGGAUAUCUGUAGCGGAGGUGUUGCACAUAGUAGUCGUAAUAGUAGUAGCGCUGCUGUUACUUCAUCCUUUGAGAAUCUACUGCCUAAUAAAUUGCCUGAAUUUUGUUUUCCUGAUGCUCAACAUGGUGUGUUUCAAACAACGUUGGAUGAAAAUUGUGAUUCAGCAGAUCAUGUAAGGGAUUCUGCUAAGGAUUCAACAACUGACGGAGAUGCUGCACAAAAUUUGGUCUAUGGUGACUUUUCAGUGGAAAAGGAAGAACCUAAAAUUAAUUUUGCGUUUACGGAUAAGGAUGAGGAGGAGCAUGAAGUUACAAAGGCACGCUUGGAGGAUGAACUGAUGUUCUUAGGUAAGGAGCGUGAAGAACUAGGAAGUGAGCAACGGAAGCUUGAGAGAAAUGCAGAAUCUGUGAGCAGUGAAAUGUUUGCUGAAUGCCAGGAGUUGCUUCAGAUGUUUGGUUUACCAUAUAUUAUUGCUCCAAUGGAAGCUGAAGCUCAAUGUGCAUACAUGGAACUUGCCAACCUCGUUGAUGGCGUGGUUACUGAUGACUCUGAUGUGUUGCUAUUUGGAGCAAGAAGUGUGUACAAAAACAUCUUUGAUGAUCGUAAAUACGUGGAAACAUAUUUUAUGAAGGACAUUGAGAAUGAGCUUGGUUUGGAUAGAGAAAAACUAAUUCAUAUGGCCCUGCUUCUUGGGAGUGAUUACACUGAAGGUGUGAGUGGCAUUGGCAUUGUUAAUGCAAUUGAGGUUGUAAAUGCAUUUCCGGAGAAAGACGGCCUUCAUGAAUUUCGGGAGUGGAUUGAAUCACCUGAUCCAACCAUUCUAGGAAAAUUUGAUGUGAAAGAAGGGAGUCAUUUAAACAAUAGAGGGUCUAAAGAUGGUGACUCAAGCAGUAAUGCAGAAGGGAUUUCUACUUCUGAUCAAAAUGGUCCACAAUCUGUGGACGAUACUCGAAAGAUAAAGCAGAUUUUCAUGGAUAAGCAUAGAAAUGUGAGCAAAAACUGGCAUAUUCCUUCUUCCUUCCCAAGUGAUACUGUUAUUUCAGCAUACACUUCUCCGCAAGUAGACAAGUCAACAGAGCCUUUCUCAUGGGGAAAGCCAGAUCUGUUUGUUCUUCGCAAAUUAUGUUUGGAGAAAUUUGGUUGGGGAGCUUCAAAAGCAGAUGAGUUGCUGUUCCCAGUUCUAAAGGAGUAUAACAAGCAUGAGACACAACUGCGCUUGGAAGCAUUUUACACAUUCAAUGAAAGAUUUGCUAAGAUUCGAAGUAGGAGGAUAAAAAAAGCUGUCCAAGGAAUAGCGGGGAAUAAAUCUUUGGGGUUGAUGGAUGACACAAUGCAUCAAAAAUCUAGAAGUGGAAAGAAAAGAAAAGUGAACGCCACUGAUGAAGAGGCAAACGUAUCAGGAGAAGGUUCGACUGGACUAGAGAAAGUUGAUAUUGGGAAUCAGAUCGACAGCAUAGAGAAAAUAACUGGUAAGCAGUCAAAAGGAAGACAAACAAAGGAAAAGAGUAGGACUAUUAAAGAAUCAAAUGGACGAGGACGACAAAACGGGAGAGGGAGGAGGAAAAAGAAUUCUUGUUCUGGAGAUAUUGAAACUAGCUCUGAUGAUCAAAAUGUUGGUGAGAAGGAGCAAGAAUUGCAGUUCGAGAAAUCAGAAGAGUCCCAUCAAGUUCGUAGGUCAGAACGCCCUCGGAAGGUAGUCAGUUACACUGUUUCUGAUGAAUUUCAUGAUCCUGACAUAGAAGGUCAAGAGGGUGAAAAAUGUGAUGAAGAUUCAAUAGCCAAAGAGUCAUUUGUUGAUCAAGCAGAUAUUGUUCCGACCAAGAGCAACGCGAAUGAAGUUGGAGACCUUGAAGUGGGAGGUGGAUUUUGUGUGGAUGAGAUGGAGCAUGGAAAUAGUAUGGAUAAAAUAAAUGUGCGUCAAAAUGAUGUUCCUUCCAUCAAGACACAAUCGUCAAAUGAAUAUCUGAAAUUUGGUGGUGGAUUUUGUUUAGACGAGGAAGGUGAAGAAAUGGAGGGCGUUGAGCCUGCAUCGAGCCCUAUGAGAGCAACAAUCACUGUGAACUCUGAUCCCUUUGAUAUGUUAGAUGAUGCGCAAGAAAAUCAUCAACUUGAUGAGUCAAUUUCUACCCCAACAAGAACAUCAGAUGGAGUCGAGUGUGGAAGGAGUACUGGUGCUACUAAUACUGAGCCGAAUAUGAAUCAUGCAAUACGAAGUGACUGUUCCAAGGUAUCGACUUUGCUCAAUGAUACUGAGGAGGACGAGACUAGGAAUGGUCCCUCAAGAUCUCUUCGAGCAAUGCCAAAUUUGAGAAGAAAAAGGAGGAAAUUUUGA